AUUAACAAAAAUAGAUGACCCAUGUCUGGUCUAAUCCAGUCAGAGAUUCUGCAACAUGAGCAGUACUCAGAAAUUCUCCAUCUGUUUCAUGGUGAUUGUGUUUCAAUUGGUAAGCUCCAUUUCAUUUGGUGCUGAUGGGUACUACCUAGAUGAAAGAGAUGCUCUGUUUCAACUGAGGGAUUCCCUUAAUUCAACAAUUGAUUUGCAUUCAAAUUGGACUGGUCUACCAUGUUAUGGUGAUUGGGGUAAUUGGGCAGGAAUUACCUGUUUGAAUUCGCAUGUUAUCCAAAUUUCCCUAGAUGGGUUCCAGUUGACAGGUUCCCUUCCCCCAAUGUUUCUUCAAAACCUUACUUUCUUGAAUAAACUUAGCUUGCAAAACAAUUCACUCUUUGGCUUUCUUCCCAAUUUCACAAAUCUUGAGUUCCUGCAAUACAUCAUCCUCUCCCAUAACAACUUCUCAGGUUCAAUCCCAUCAAAGUUAAUCAAUUUGCCAUUAUUAGCUACGCUAGAGCUGCAAGAGAAUACUCUUACAGGGAGUAUCCCACCUUUUAAUCAAUCCAGUUUAAUAGUCUUCAAUGUUUCAUAUAAUCUCCUUGGAGGCUUGAUACCUAAAACCCCCAUUCUUCAAAGGUUUCCAAUGAGUUCCUUUGUCCAUAACUCACAACUUUGUGGGAAUCCUUUGGGAGGGCAGUGUUCUAUUAGUCCUGCUCCAGCAUAUCAACCGAUUCCUUCCCCAAGCCCUUCUAGUCCAUUGGCAGGGAGUAGCAAAGUUGUCAAAGUAUGGAUUGCUGCUUUGGUAGCGGUUGUGGUGGUUGCGCUGCUCACUGUGAUCUUGUUUACCAUAUUGUGGUGUCGUAAGAGGGUGAACAGAGAAAUAAAUGUUGUGGAAUCUCCAGGUAUUAUAAAUCGGGUGGAAAAGAAAAGGCAAAUCUUCAGAAACAGGAGAGAUCCUGAAAGAACAGUAGAAUUGGACAAACACAAACCAAUUUUAGAUCUGGAUUAUCUUCUGGGAGCUUCUGCAGAACAAUUGGGGAUGGGGAAAUUAGGCAGUACAUAUAAAGCAACCCUGGAUUGUGGUUUGGUUGUAACAGUAAAAAAGAUCCAGGAUAUGAAUGGGUUAAUAAGCAACAAGGAAUUUGUUCAACAGAUGCAAUUGGUGGAAAAGAUUAAGCAUGAAAACCUAGUAGAGAUCAUAUAUUUCUUCCAUUCCAAGGAUGAGAAGCUCAUUGUCUAUGAAUAUGUCAAUCAUGGCAGCUUGUUUGAGCUAUUACAUGGAAACAGAAUGGAAACAAGAACUCCAGUGAAGUGGAGUACAAGAUUGUCAAUUAUCAGAGGUAUAGCUGAGGGCCUGAAUUUCCUUCACCAAUCUUUGCCUUCUCACAAGGUUCCCCAUGCCAACCUCAAAUCCUCAAACAUUCUAAUCCAUCUCCAUAAUAAAAAAUACCAUCCUAAGCUCACUGAUUUUGGAUUCCUGCCACUGCUAUCAUCUCGUAAAUCCUCUGAGAUGCUUGCCGCUGGACAGACACCGGAAUUCUCUCAAGCCAAGAAACUGACCCACAAAACUGAUGUCUACUGCUUCGGCAUUGUACUUCUAGAGGUCAUCACUGGACGAAUACCGGAGGCAUCUUCACCAGGAAAUGACGAUAAGCCAAAUGAUCUCGCAGAAUGGGCAAGGGAGGUUGUUAAUGUUGACUGGUCAACAGAUGUAUUGGAUAUAGAGCUAUUAGCAACAGAAGAAGGCCAAUGUGAGAUGUUUAGGCUCACAGAAAUUGCACUUGACUGUACAGCUAUUGAACCAGAGAAGCGUCCGAAGAUGAGUGAAGUGUUGAGAAGAAUCGAAGAGAUUGAAGAAAGAAGCUGCAAAUGAAGAGAAUGAAGUAGAAGAUGGAGAGUGAUAAUUUUAUCUUUACCACUCUACCAGUGGCUUCUUGCUUGAUGCUCGACUCAGAAUUCAAUAUUGGCUACCAUUUGGUGUUGGAUAACUGGUUAAACGAAAUG